AUGCAGUACGACAUUUUGGUGGCGUGCAUCGGUACUCCAUUUAUUGGUACCUUGUUUGGCCCUUGGAUCGUCAAUAAGAACAAGGCAUGGUAUCACAGUCUCAAACAUCCUUCCUUUACCCCGCCUGAUUGGGUCUUUGGUCCGGCAUGGACCAUCCUGUACGGCCUCAUGGGCGCCGCGUCAUACCUGGUGGCCAUAGAGCAUGCACAGCAAGAUGUCCGUCUUCCACUUGCUGUUUAUGGCAUCAACCUACUGUUGAACUGGUCUUGGACCCCAGUCUUCUUCGGGAUGCAUCGUCUUAAAACAGUACGUUGUUUGAAGCGCUUUUUCCUCUGUAUGAAUUUAAAACAGGCCUUAGUAGCAGGAUUUAUUGCAUACAAUAAACUUCGCGACGGUUUUUAA